AUGCGCUUCCUGACAGCAUCGACGCUGCUGGCCCUUGCGGGCGCGGUCCACGCCGCAUCGCCAUGGACAUUUUCUGACGGUAUCGUCACUGUGGUGUCCAAGGCCGCCGACAACGUGGUUGAGAAGUUCUCCGAUACCGAUCGAGCAAAGAAGACUGUCACGCUAGGCCACCAGGACACGCUCAAGGUGUCCCUGACCGCCCAGGAGGGCUCCAAGGCGAGGAGGCCGCACCAGGCCUUCCUCGUCCUCAAGGAGGCAUCUGGCUUGGAGGCGCCGUUUCCCCUGACAGUAAAGCCGUCCGGCAAGGGAAGCGUGCAAAUCACGCAAAAGGACCUGCCCGUGCAGCUCCUGCUCUCGCAGUCGCCGCUCGAGGCCACCCUCAUCAUUGGCUCCCAAGGCUCGACCAAGGGCACCGUCACGCCCGUCUUCAACGUUGCUGUGACGCUUGACGUCAAUGGCCCGGCGCCAGCGUACGAGAAGCCGCUGCGAUAUGGGCCGUUGGCGGAGAUCCACCACAUCUUCCGCGCCGGCCCCAAGAACCCACCCAAGAUCGUCUCGCUGGUGUUUUCGCUGGCCGUCCUCGCCACCGUGCCGGCUCUCCUGGUUGGGUGGCUUGUGCUUGGUGCCAACGUCAGCCACAUCUCCAAGGCUCUUGGCAGCGCGCCCAUCUCCCACGCCGUCUUCUUCGGCUCGAUUGUGGCCAUGGAGGGCGUCUUCUUCCUCUACUACAGCAGCUGGAACCUCUUCCAGGCGCUGCCGGCGAUGGGCGUUGUCGGCGCCGCGGCUUUCCUGAGCGGAACCAAGGCCCUGGGCGAGGUGCAGCGCCGCCGUGGGGCGGGCGAGCGAUGA